AUGGAUGGUUUCAAGGUUACGGGCAGGGCAUGCCUCAAGGGCCAGAAGGUGAGACUGACGUUAUCUCCAUCAGAACCCGUCAAGAAGCGUAGCAAACCUGGAGAGCCUCACAUUUACGUGCACAAGGUUCCAGAUGCUGAGGAAGUACUUGCAAAAGUAACCCGCGGGGACCUGCAGUGCCACGAGUCCAGGCUCCCGCUCUCUGCACACGACAUACGCGUCAUGAUCAACAACAUCCAAUUGUCAUUUGGUCUUCGUCAUCCAUCGCCUCCGUGGUCAUUGAGUGCCGACAAUCGCUUGCAGGACACCCUGCUCAAAGCCAAGCGUGCUGGACGAAAGCAACAAGCUGCUAUCCCCGAUAAGGAGAGUCGCCCAGCCAUUGGGAACGACAACGAGCAUCAGGAAGACCUCCAUGCCAUGCCGGUCAUUGUGCCCAUGAACACGAACGAGCCCGAUGUCCCCGCCAUUGGAAACGACAACAAGCAUCAGGACAACAUCCAUGCCAUGCCCGUCAUGAUGCCCAUGAACAUGGACAUGAGUGAGGCACAAGCGGAACUACCCACAGAAGAGGUUCACAUUGAUGACAUCGGGCCACCCCCGGUGGUGGAGGGCACUGGAGCCAACGCAAAUCGCAGCGAACCCAUCGAAGUAGCGCAGGACCUCGCCGAAGUGUCGCAGGACUUGUACCUGGCAAACAUGCCGCCCCAGCCACGCAUGUUGGAUGAAGCUAUGACCAAGUACGGCUCAAAAGAUUGGGUCCUGACCGAGCUGCCUCGUCCAACAUACACCAACAACGUGGACGGCAACCUGGAGUUGCAGGAUCUCCUGACAUAUUCCUGCAGAUUGGCAACCUCGCAACCAUUUCUGAAAAAGAUCGUCCAGCACGACUACAGCUUGCUUCCGCCGCAACUACGCCCUUCCGACUCCAUGCCCCGUGACGCCGCCGUGUCCUACAUCAUGCACAACCUCGAGGACGGCGCUAUGAAUGUAGUCCGUGUCUUCAAGUUUGCGAGCAAGACCUCUGUGAAAUAUGCGGUGGGUUUGUGUAGUGGAAAAGCGCAUUUCCCUGCAUGGCGGCAAGGCCCAUGGGCAUGGAAUAAAGCAGUCCACUCCUUACUUGACCGUCUUCCAGGCCAUCACGUAGUGUGGUGGUCUCUGAACAACAAGAAGGACAAGCCAGAGGUCAGUCGUUCUUCAACCCAGGCAUGGUCUGUGGAGGAUGAGGAACUCAUGGCAGGGGUAGACUACAUCAACAAGAACGCGCCAGAGGACGACUCGGAGAACCAGCAGUACGUUUGGAUUUUGCGGAACAUCCACUCGCACAGCAGGUCCCCCAUCAGCAACUGGCCGGAAUCUAAGGUCCUUCGCAUGGCACAAAACAAGAGCAGAGGCACUGCCGGGGCUACUUCCUUGAGCUUCUUUCCGAUGACCGUGCGAAGCGUGAAGCCCUGGAUGAGCACCUUCCUUCUACCACUCGUCAUGCCACUCCUGACCUCCUAUGGAAUGAUCACGCUUGGCUGGCCCGGGGUGGGGAAAACUCCAUUCCUUAUCUUGUUGUGCCUCGCAAUUGGUAGGUAUCACAUCACUCGUCUCGGUCUUGAAGGUGUUCGUCCAGCUUGGCGGCGAGCGAAAGCGAUCGACAACUUUCGCCACAAAACUGGACAGGUUCACGAAGGCCUCAUACUAGACGAUCCAUCGGUGGAGAAACUCGAUGCGGCUGACAUGAAGUCAUGGCUGACAUCAGAGGAGGACCAAAAUUGUUCGGGGCGCUACAAUGACGUCAAACUCGUCCGGAAUGGAAUGCGAGCGUUGUCCUCAAACAAUCUCAAAGAGGAGGAUGAACCCUUGAGCGAGCGAUGGCAAACAUCCAUCACGUGGGACGAGUUUUACAAGCUCGUGCAGAAGUUCUUUUGCUCCUACCCAGACCUCGAUGUUCUCGCCAUUCUUAAAAGGACCGUCGUCCUCGUCUUCGGCAAGCGUGCGUUGUACCUCCGCCUACCCAGUGGAGAGAAAGACGCUCCCAUCCACUUGAUUCGGAUUGAUUUGCAUGGGGAUCUUUUCUCAGAUAGAGACAAGCCUUACUACGCCAAGUACAAGCAAGGCAUCCACGAAUUACCCCCGACCUUUGCUGAUGAUGUGGAGGUGGAACAAGAGAUGCUACACAGGGGAAUGGAGUCGCUUCAGGCGGCCGGCCUCCCGGAAGUUUACAUCUCGGAUGUCAACUCAACCAUUGCGUCCAAGCUUAGCCCGUCAUCGCGCCCAGUACAUCUACCGUCGUCUCCAUCAACCGAUGAAGAAGCUCGCGUACCAGUCCCCGACCCAGAAGCGUUACCAGUUCGCUGCACGAAGCCACCAGGUCGACUUGGGCAAUUCAACCUACCUUCCACGAAGCGUCGCCUGACAAGCAAGACAUCUGUCGCAGUCCCCGUAGAGGAGUUCCACGCUGCAGGCCCCGAGGUGAAGUCCAUGCCGUCUUCGUCUUCCCGUCAAAAGGUUCUGCCGGACCAAGAAGAGACGCAGCUAUUGGAUCCAGAAGAGGAGGCCGCCUUGAUCUUGCAUGGCUGA